AAACAACUGAUUAUAAAGAUCUAACUUCACGGACUUAUGUGUUCACGUGGAUCGUUCAAACCCGAAUUCGUCGCAGUCGCCGCCGUCGUAAUCGCACGCUUUUGUAAAGCACGCCCAGUCGCAAUAAUGGUCUCCAAUCCAUUCCUCUGCACAUCCAUGGCCACACACUGGACGACACGCCGACGCAAUCUCUGGGGUCGCAUGCAAACAGAACGGAGUGCCAUCGAGCUGCACCUUUCGGUUCUGGAGCGCAGUACCCGACAUGUUCUCGGCCGACUCUAUGGGGUUGCCAAUCAGUUGAAGCAAUACUUUGCUCCGCAUCGCCAGAGAUUCAGGUACUUGGGUCAACUGGUUCCACGAUAACUUAACUGUUUUCAAAUUUGGCAGCUCAAACGGCGACGCGAGCGAGUCGGGUAACGACGUGAUGGAGUUGAGUUUCAGGUUGAGAUUCUCCAAGUCAGGCAAUUUACUCAGGCCCGUGGGAUACGUAGCUAAGCUGACGUUGAUUAGGGAUAAGUAGAUGACAUUCGUCCAAGAGGCCAACACAAUUGGGGGGAUGUCGCCAAGGCGACACCCUUCGAUCACAACCACCACGAG